CGGUGGCCGACCGGCCUCCGGAGCUGGUCCAUAGCGGGCGCCGCGGCCUGGGGCUGGGAUGUGACCAGCAGUGGGUUCCCGGCUCCGGGUGGUGACGGCUGUGAGCGGCGGCGACUGCGGCGAGGGCGGCGCAGGCGGGCGGGCGAAACCGGGGCGCCGAGAGCUGCCGGCCAACAGGGCCGCGGGAUGAGGAAGCGGACCGAGCCCGUCACCUUGGAGCAUGAGCGCUGCGCCGCCUCAAGCUCGUCCUCCUCCGGCUCGGCCGCCGCGGCGCUGGACGCCGACUGCAGCUUGAAGCAGAACCUGCGUCUGGCGGGCAAGGGGACGGCAGAGCCGCGCAGCGCAUCCGACGCGGGAAUGAAGCGGGCGCUGGGCAGACGAAAGAGCCUGUGGUUCCGACUAAGGAAGAUACUUCUCUGUGUUCUGGGGUUCUACAUUGCCAUUCCUUUUCUUGUCAAACUGUGUCCUGGGAUACAGGCCAAACUGAUAUUCUUAAACUUCGUGAGGGUUCCCUAUUUCAUUGACUUAAAAAAACCACAGGAUCAAGGGUUGAAUCACACCUGCAAUUACUACCUCCAGCCAGAGGAUGAUGUGACUAUUGGAGUCUGGCACACCAUUCCCUCUGUCUGGUGGAAGAAUGCCCAAGGGAAGGACCAGAUGUGGUAUGAGGAUGCUCUGGCUUCUAACCACGCCAUCGUACUGUACUUGCAUGGGAAUGCAGGCACCAGAGGAGGUGACCACCGGGUAGAGCUGUACAAGGUGCUGAGUUCCCUUGGUUACCACGUGGUCACCUUUGACUACAGAGGUUGGGGUGACUCAGUAGGAACACCGUCGGAGCGAGGCAUGACGUAUGACGCACUCCAUGUUUUUGACUGGAUCAAAGCAAGAAGUGGUGAUAAUCCUGUGUAUAUUUGGGGCCAUUCACUGGGCACUGGAGUGGCAACAAAUCUGGUACGGCGCCUCUGUGAGCGAGAGACGCCACCAGAUGCCCUUAUAUUGGAGUCUCCAUUUACAAAUAUUCGUGAAGAAGCAAAGAGUCAUCCAUUUUCAGUGAUAUACCGAUACUUCCCUGGCUUUGACUGGUUCUUCCUCGACCCCAUUACAAGCAGUGGAAUUAAGUUUGCAAAUGACGAAAAUGUGAAGCACAUCUCCUGUCCUCUGCUCAUCUUGCACGCUGAGGAUGACCCAGUUGUGCCCUUUCAUCUCGGCAGAAAGCUAUACAACAUUGCUGCGCCAUCUCGAAGUUUCCGAGACUUCAAAGUCCAGUUCAUCCCCUUUCACUCAGACCUCGGCUACAGACAUAAGUAUAUCUACAAGAGCCCGGAGCUUCCUCGGAUACUGAGGGAGUUCCUAGGGAAGUCGGAACCGGAGCGCCAGCACUGAGACUGGCCCAUGAAGGAGCAUGAAGACCCACCUUCCUUCCCUUCUCCCUGGACAGCAGCCUGGCGCCCAGAAGCCCAGAGUGCCACCACCUGUGGUGCUCAGGAGCCCAGUGCAUACCUAGAAAGAGGACCCAGACACAGCGGGCAGAGGCUCCAUAGACGGCUCUGCGAGGAAAACCCGGUGGCAGGCAGGUGGCCCCCUGACCCUCUGGUGGCCACUGUAACUGAGCUCUUUUUGGGAAGGCUUAUAGACAACAGGUGGACCCCAUAUGCUGGGCCUGGGGAGCUCGGGAAGGACUCAGGAGCUCAGGACCACUCCAGGCUCUCUGGCACCGUCGCUUAAGAUACAGCAAAAUGGUUCUCUCUGCCCUUCCUGGCACAUACAGAACAGACUCCAAGUGGCUCAGUUUGUCCCCACAGCUCACGUGCCUGCUCGCCUUCCCCAGCUGUCCCUGCCCCCCUGGCAUCUGUUCACCCACAGCAAGGGACACCUGGACCUGCACUUCCUUCCACCUGCCCACCUGUCUGUCACCUAACCUGGCCGUAGACUGAGCAUUUAUUUAAGAAUAAAAUCUCGGUGGUGGUCUA